AUGGAAAUAAUUAAAGAUUAUAAUGAUGCAAUUACAGCAAUAUACAGAUUGAAAACGUACAAAGAAGAAGAAAUAGAGACGAUUUACCAACUGAUUAAAAGAAACUUGAUCGAAACCAAAUUCUUUACGCCCUCUCAGAUUAUUCACAUCAUAGAAUCUGUCUCUAUUUAUAACAAUGAAUACAUGAUGUCAUACCUGAUCCUCUUCAAAAGGAUUUAUGAUGAAUAUAAUCCAAUCAAUUUACAAAAUAUCGGGAAAAUUUUUGCCUACUUAAUUUAUAAAGAGUACGGAAUCAUAAUUGGAAAAUCAUAUGAAUAUGGAGAACUUGGAUACAUUGCUACCAUUCAUCCAGAAGGUACAAUUUGGAAGGCAAUAAUGGACGACGAUAAACAGUCAUUUAUCGUAUUUACUCAGAACGAAGGAUUCAAUAAAGAUAAAACACUAAUAUGUGAAUUAUAUUCCCCUACAAAAGAUGGAUUAUCUUAUCUUGAACUAUGUUGUUAUCAUGGAUCAGUAUCAAUUUUCAAAUAUUUGCGAGAAGAAUUCAAUUCAGAAAUUACAGAAACAUGCGUACAAUUUGCAUUUUUAAGUGGAAAUCCAGAUAUCCUAUCUGAAUGUAUAAAUCAAAUAUACACCCUCAAUCGUUGUUACUGUAUGAAAUUUGCCAUCAUUUCUCAUAACAUCGAUUUUGUUACUUAUUUGAUGAAUGAGCAUGCAAUGAAAAUAUCGCCAUAUGAAUGUUCCUGGUAUUUGAACAUUCUUGCAUUCAUUGUUUACAUGGAUUCCAUAAAGGAUUUCAACAAAGGUUUUGUUGAAUCACUUCGAUUUAAUCAUCCAGCACUUUGUGAAUAUUUCCUUUCAAAAGGUGCAAAGAUUGAUAACAAUUCAAGUCAUGAAACAGUUCUUCAUUAUGCUGCCGAAUAUUGCAAUGGAAAAAUAAUCGACUUGCUUAUUUCACAUGGAGCAGAUGUUUUGAGGAAGAAUAAAUACAAGCAGACAGCACUUCAUCUUGCAUUAGAAUAUAACAAUCAGGAAGCAGCGGAAGUACUUAUUUCAAGAGGGGCAAAUAUCAAAGCAAAGGAUAAUUUGUCUAACCAAACAGCUCUUCACAUCGCAGCAAAAAAUAAUUGUGUAAAAAUUGUUGAACUUCUUAUUUCACAUGGAGCAAAAAUUGACAUUCCCAAUAAUGAAGGCGAAACUCCCCUUCAUUAUGCAGCAUAUAAUAAUAGCAAAGAAGCAUUGGAAAUUCUAGUUUUGCAUGGUGCAGAUGUUAAAGCCAAAACAAAAUAUGGAAAAACUGCCCUCGAUUAUAUGAGAUCAAAAUACAAUAAAGAAAUUGUGGAUAUUCUUGUUUCACAUGGCGCUUAA